UUUAUUGCGAAAAAGUUAUGCAUUUUCUCGUUAAUCCAAUUUAUCAACGUGAAUCAUACCCGCGAACUGUACUUAGUAUUCUACUUACUGUGCAAAUUCAACGAUUUAUUCCCCCCUUAAUAAGCGUGGGCUCACCACAAAUGACAAAAUUACCAUUUUCAGCGGAUGGAGAAAUAUCUCGUUAACAAAAAUCUACAUAUUGUGUCAAAAACGUGCUAGAGCCUCUAGAUAUGCAGAAGAAAAAUCACCGUGAAGACAAUGUCUUGGACGAACAAGUAUUGUACAAGAGGGUCGUGGUUGUUAUUAGUAGCGAUUUUGAUUCUUUUUGUUAUCAUCGUCUGCUUACUGUGUCAUUCUGCAACGAAAUCGUCAACUGGUGAGAAAGUUGUUACCAAAAUAGAAGAAAAUACCACCACGAUCGUUACACUAGAUACAACUGCACCCCCGAACGUCUGUUUAACGGAAAAAUGUGUCCACUCAGCCGCUGAUAUAUCAAAAAUGAUUGAUACAACUGUCGAUCCUUGCCACGACUUCUACAAAUUCGUCUGUGGUAACUUUAUCAAAAAUAGUGUCAUUCCGGACCACAAGACGACAAUCAAGACCUUCUCCAUCGUCAAUGAUAGAGCUAAACUCCAAUUGAAAAGUCUGCUUGAAAAACCGUCACACCAAGACGAUUCAAAACCUCUCAAACUCCUCAAAACCGUCUACCAAUCCUGCAUGAACACCACCCAAAUGGAAACUGAGUCCCUCAUUUUCAUUAGACGCGUUUUCAAAGAAAUGGGGGGCUGGCCUGUGAUUGAUCCAAACUGGAACGAGAGAAAAUUCGACUGGAAACAAGUCUUGUUUCGGCUUAGACGAAGCGGGUGGUACUUGAAUUUUUUUGUAGCUAUGCAGAUUGACGUAGAUGCGAAAAACUCGUCAAGGAGGAUUCUUACAAUUACUUAUCCCCACAUUUCCAACUAUCGCAGUUUGUCAAAAGGUGUCAAUCACACCGACACUCAAGCUUACUACGACCACAUGGUGCGAGUGUUGUCGCUUUUCGGCGCCCCCAAACUCUCAGCGAGUGUCGAAAUGAACGAAGUCCUCGAAUUCGAGAUCAGCCUGAGCAAAAUAGUCGCUUCUGACAAAGCGUCGGCUUCCGAGUACAACCCAAUGACGAUUAAAGAACUGCAAGAGAGUGUCCAUAGCAUACCUUGGUUGCAACUGAUCAACAACUAUCUAGCGCCUGAGCAGAUGCUCAAAUCCAGAGAUGUUGUCAACGUUACCUUGCUCAAAUUUUUGAAAAACUUGGAAGAUUUGCUGCUCAACACCAACAAGAGAAUUCUAGCCAAUUACAUGUUCUGGUAUAUCGUCAAGAAGUGCAUCAAUCAUCUUCCGCAGAAAUUCAGAGAGCGCAAUUUUGACUAUCUUAGGGUUGUGAAAGGGACGGCACGUGCCGCUAGAUGGGAUCAGUGUAUCAAGGAGAUUGAUAAACUGAAUGUAGCUGCAUCGUAUGUAUACGUGAAGAAUUUCGUCAACACUGGAAACAAGAAUUUGGUGAAAGAAAUGGCCACGUAUAUCCAGGAAGCGUUUGUUGAGGUUGCGCAAAACAAGUCUUGGUUGGAUUUAGAGACCAAAGAGCGCGUCAUUUUGAAAGCGGGUAAAAUCGGUCAACGGAUUGGGUUUCCGGACGAACUUCUGAAUGAUAGUGUGGUUGAAGAGUUCUACAAAGGGCUGGAACUAGACCCUUUCAACCAUUUCCUGAAGAUCAACUUAAACGUAUCUUCGUUUCUUCACAAAAAAACCGUCAAAACAUUUAGACAAAGAGUGGUCAAAUCGGACUGGAUGUCACAGGCUUACUGCUACACAGCAAACGGCUUCUUCAAAGCAAAGAGCAACUCAAUAGAAAUUAUGGCUGCUUUGCUCCAAUACCCGUUCUUCGAUGGAGACAGACCCUACUACAUCAAUUUUGGCAGAAUCGGGGAGGUGAUAGGGCACGAAAUCAUCCACGCUUUCGACGGUGAAGGCAACCAGUACGACGAAAACGGCAACUUGAAUUCGUGGACACCCGAAGCCGUGAAAUCCUUCAAAGAAAAAUCAGAAUGUUUCGUGGGACAGUAUGGAAAUAUGACUAUUCCGGAAAGCGGUAUGGCGGUAGAUGGUGUGAAAACUUUGAAUGAAAAUAUAGCCGACAAUGGAGGUUUCAAGAUAGCUUAUAGAGGGUACUUGAAGUGGGUCAAGCGAAACGGGGAAGAAUUUCUUCUGCCUGGACUCUCCUACAGUCCAAGACAGAUAUUCUGGAUUUCGGUAGCUACCAAUGGGUGUGCCAAGUACCGCAAGGAAGCUCUAGGAAAGUUCGUGAGUACCAACGUCCACGCUCUCGAGUAUUUCCGGGUUAUGGUACCGUUCAUGAACCUGGAGGAUUUCAGCAAAGAUUUUAAUUGUUCGACAGGAUCGGUGAUGAAUCCCGAAGACAAGUGUGAAGUGUGGUGAAAAUCACUCCAUUUCUGUUAAUAAAGAGUGCACCAGA